GCUUUUUUUCCCUUGCGUGGAGAAUGCCUGGUAGGGGGAAAGUAGCAUGUAUGGAGUCUGGGGUCUGGACCCAAAAGAAACACGAUUAGUGGUGUGAAGACGCUAACCCUCGUUGGGUCAAGCGCGCUCUCCAGAUGAAGUUUGGAGGCAUGGGCACCAAUGAGAAGCCGCGCGGCGGGGAGAUUCCCGGCGGAAUUCUUUGGCCAGAUUUCCGGGGAGAUUCCCGGGGAGAUUUUCGGGACGGGAGUCGGAGACACGAGGCUCGGCUACAAGACAAACCCCAACUUCAUUCAUGGAGUGGGCUGGACAACUCGCUCCAGGGGUCAACAUUAGAGCAACUGUGUUACGCCACUUCACCAUGUGUUUUUCACCGGGUGAACAUAAAUAUCCCGACUAUCGCCUCUCAGCAAGUGGAUAACUGGUCCCUCCCUGCCCCCAGUCUUUCUCAUCAUCCAACUAUCAUCACUCACGAAUGGCUACCCAGCGUAAGACUCAGUUGUCGCCUGUGAACAGGGCUUGGUGGAAAGAGGCCUCUGUCUAUCAGAUCUAUCCGGCUUCGUUCAAGGACUCCAACGGGGAUGGAAUCGGCGAUAUCCCAGGGAUCAUCUCGGAGCUCGACUACCUGAAGGCCCUUGGGGUCGAUCUCGUUUGGCUCUCUCCAAUCCUUCAAUCCCCGCAGGUAGACAUGGGCUACGAUGUGUCUGAUUAUUAUAAAAUCCACGCCCCGUACGGUACGGUCAAAGAUGUGGAUGCACUCAUUCAGGGUUUAAACCAACGGGGGAUGAGAUAUGUCAUGGACCUUGUGGUCAAUCAUACUUCCGACCAGCACGAGUGGUUUAAACGCUCGAGAUCGUCCCGAGACAAUAAAUACCGAGACUGGUACAUAUGGAAAAAGCCCAAGUACGGUGUAGAUGGUGUCCGUCAGCCCCCAAAUAACUGGAAAGCCUAUUUUGGAGGCUCUGCGUGGCAGUACGAUGAAACAACCGACGAAUAUUAUCUGCACCUGUUCGCGCCGGAGCAGCCAGACCUCAACUGGGAAAACCCCGAAGUCCGGUCCGCGGUGCACCAGAUCAUGAGAUAUUGGCUGGACAAAGGCGUCAGUGGAUUCCGCAUGGAUGUCAUCAACAUGGUCAGCAAGGACCAAGGCUUCCCUGAUGCACCCAUCACCGAUGCAAACAGCCAAUGGCAGCAUGGGGCAAUGUACUACUGCUGCGGACCACGUCUCCACGAAUACCUACAAGAACUGGGACGGAUCCUGAAGGAUUAUGAUGCCUUUUCCGUCGGUGAGAUGCCGAAUGUGUAUGAUCCGGCGGAAAUUGGGAAGGCCGUGGGUUUUGACCGCGGCGAAUUAGCCAUGGCGUUCCAAUUCGAGAUCAUGGAUAUCGACCAUGGUCUGGGAGGCAAAUUCUCUCCGCAUCAAUAUCGCAUGUCGGACCUGAAGCAUAUCGUGUCCAAAUGGCAGGACUUCAUGUACCAGAAUGCGGGCUGGAACGCCCUCUAUCUCGAAAACCACGACCAAGGAAGGACCAUAUCACGGUUCACCUCGGCGGGUCCGGAAUACCGCGCGACGGCAGGGAAGAUGCUAGCAACCUUCCUGGGUCUUCAAGGAGGGACUCCGUUUGUGUACCAGGGACAGGAAUUAGGCCUAGUGAAUGUGCCAGCGACCUGGGGUAUUGAGAAGUUCAGGGAUAUCGAGACUUUGAAUCAUUGGGACGAGAUGAUGGCUGCAUACCCCCACGACACGGAGCUCCACCAGGUGACAUUACAACAGUUCCGCGUCAAGUCUCGCGAUAAUGGACGCACCCCGAUGCAAUGGACCAGUGGCGAAUUUGCAGGAUUUACCACUGCGCCCAACGGCCCAUGGAUUGAUGUGCAUGACGACUACGAAGACUGGAAUGCCGCGGCCCAGGUGGGCAAGCCAAACAGUGUUUUCCAACACUGGGCAAAGGUCCUUGGGCUACGCAAAACACAUAAGGACCUCUUCGUAUAUGGCUCGUACAAAUUGGUGGAUGAAGCGAAUGAUGAUCUAUUCGCCUAUCUGCGAAUGUAUGGAGGCCAGUCAGCUUUGGUGUUGGCCAACUUCACAGACAAAGAAGUGAAAUGGGUUGUUCCGGCCGAAACGACCUCAAUUCUUGAACAUGGCGUUGUGCUGCUUGAGAAUUAUCAGUGUGACCACCCAGUGCUACCUGAUGGCACCAUUUCUGUAAAGCCAUUUGAAUCGUUUGUGAUUCUUCUGGAUAGUUCAAGUGCCAGGAUCGGACUUGGUGGGGGGAAGCUCUGAAUCAGUUUGACAUCCACAAAUGUGAUCUCAUCCACCAAUGUUACCAUGAAGGAUUUCGGUGGGCCAAAGUUCACUAUGCAUCCAAUCUUUCUUCAUCAAGCGGUUCGAUGACUGGGGAAUCCCCACGUUCAACCGGAGCAAGCGCAGGAAUAUGGCGGUAUGGAAUACCUAGUUCAUGCAAUUUUCUCUGCAAUACCUCUAGGCCAUAUGGUCUGUGACUCAGAGAGGACAGUAAAUAACAUAAAUGGUGGAGAAUAUCGUGUGUUCCCACUGAAUUGUGGUGCAAGAGGGUGGGAACACAGUGAAUCACAUCCAGCAGGGUACUUGUUAUCUCGAAGAGUUUGAUGGCCUGGA